AUGUUUUCUGAUAUUGAUUCUAUAAUUAAUUCUACAAUUCAAAAAAUACAACAUGAAUAUUUAGAUGUUGAUAAUUAUGGAAAUCCAAAGUUAAGUGCAUAUAUAAAUGAUUUUUUAUUAAAAAUACCACCAGCAGAAGAUUCUUUUAUUGGAGAUCACCAUAUUUUAUUUAAAUUUGAGAACGAAAUUAAUUUACAACUAGAAAUUAUGGAAUUUGCAGCAGCUGUCAUUUGUGAAAUUAAUGACAGAUUUCCACAUAGAUCAAUUUUAUCUGCCAUGAAAAUAAUGAAUCCAAUGGAAUGGCCAAAGGAUAAAGAAAGUUUAGUUGAUUAUGGUGAAGAAGAAUUAGAAAA